GCACCUCGUUGGAUGAUGUUUAACUGACAGCCUGGACCACAUUCCACAUUAUGGAGAAAGCAGAUGCUGGCGAUCAGCCAUCAAAGCCUGCUGAGGACAGAGAUCAACCCAGAAGUCUCCCUUAUUCUGUGGAAACACCAUAUGGCUUCCAUUUAGACCUGGACUUUCUUAAAUAUGUGGAUGACAUUGAAAAAGGAAACACCAUUAAAAGGGUUCACAUUCACCGGAAGGCCAAGCAGCCGAAGUUCAGCACACUGCCUCGGAAUUUCAGCCUGCCUGCGAAUGGAUCCCGGGUAUGUGCUUCCUCCCCGCAUAAGAGCUGGACUGCAACCUGUUCGUUUGCACAGAGGAAGGCAUCGCUACCAGCAGAAGACACCACCUGUCUUAUCACGUCUUAUGACUCACCAUCACCUUCAACGGCAGAGGAGCUAAGUUACAGAAAAAAGGCCCUUUUAGCAGAGACAGUUAGACAAAGAGAGAUCAUCCACCAUGAAGAGGAGUCUGGCAGCUGUAGAGGGAGGCCACAGCUGUUAAGGGCAUCCAGUAUGCCAGCCAAACUGCUACCAAGUAAAAGUUCAGAAGAGGAAAAUGAGUGCUCUCAUCUCGCAGCACUUUCUCAGGCUCCUGAGGCAGAGAGCUCCACAGAAAUUCUCUUUAACCCUGCAAAGGAGUCACUGGAUUCCUACUAUUCUGAUAGUCUCACAGUAAAUUUUCCCACAGAGCCAAGGAAUGUGCAAGAGCAAAUCACAAAGGUGUCCCAGAAAAAUGAGCAGGCUCCGGGACCACAAGGGAAAGCCAUCCCAGAGCUGGAUCGCCAGCCAGCAGGGCUUCCUAAGGAGAGCAUGCAAAUCCAAUCUCCACGUCAAAGCCAGCCUUCCACAGCUCAAGAGCUGCUCCUGGUUACUGAGAGUGGAGGAGAGGAAUGCUAUGCACCAGAGACAAAUACAUGUCCUGAAUUAGUCCAGGAUGACUCUAUCUCACUAAAUGCCCCCAAGCUCAUGCAUGAAAAUGAGAACCAUGAAGAAAUAGAAUUAAACAUACAUGAGAUCAUGCCAAGUGUGCCAGAGAAGGCUGAUGUUAGCAGCAUUUGGACAAGAGCAAAGGAGGAAAACUUAGAUCGUGAACCUUUGCUUUGUGACACGGUAGAACCUAGCAGGAUCACAUCACUGAAACAACAGAUCGCUGCUCUGGAGGAGCAACUCCACAGCAAAACAGAGGAACUUGAGAGCAAGGCAAAGGAGAGAAGCAUUAAAAUACUGGCAAGCUCCAAAGCUCAACUGGAAGAGAAACUUUGUCAGGAAAACACCAAAGACACAGAACCAUCCAAGCAGGAUGGAAAUGCCCUGCAAUACCAUGAUGCUGCAGUGAACACUGAACACAUGCAAGCAAAUACAUUUAAGGAGGCCUAUGACAAGUGCAUCAAUGUUAAUAUUCCAAUUGCCACAGAAUCUGUAGGGUGUGGUACCUAUGGAGUGGACAAUGUGAACUUGCAGGUUAAGGAGUUAAGAAGAAUCCCUGUUCACAGAGAUCAGGGGUUGGUAGAUGUUCACACUGGUGUCAGUGAGAAACAGGCUGCAUCUCUUGGCAAACAGAAAGGAACUGGAACCAACACUGAGCCUCCUGUCUUUAUACCAUGCUUCACUGAGUUGAAGAUAGAUGAGCAAAUCAACAAGGACUGUCAAAAUCAAAGAAACAGCUAUGAUAGACAGUCUUGUGCUGCUAGCUCUCCAAUUGGAGAGAGCUGUUCAAGAACAGGAAAAGCUGACUCGAAUGGAAAUAAACCAGGGGGAAAUAAACCAGUUUUUGCAGAGGGUGUAAAGCAAGAUCUGAUUGAGGAGGAAAACCAUACAGAACAACAAGAUUCCUCUGCAAAUGACCCAAUAGGCCAAUAUGUUAAAAAAAUCCAGGAGCUUUUGCAAGAGCAGUGGAUGUGCUUGGAGCAUGGAUAUCCAGAGUUAGCAAGUGCUAUUAAACAGCCAGCAUCAAAGCUUAGCUCCAUCCAGAAUCAGAUAGUUAAUUCCUUAAACUUGCUUUUGUCUGCCUAUACUACCCACGCACCAUCAGAUAAGGAGAAUUUGAACACACAGUAUCAGCAGUUGGAAAUCUCUCCAACCACAAGUCUUAAAUCAAUCAUGAAAAAGAAAGGUUAUGGUUUCCAUGCAGGAGGUAAUGGGACCAAAAAGAAUCUUCAGUUUGUUGGGGUAAAUGGUGGUUAUGAAACGACGUCAAGUGAAGACACAAGCGGUGAAGACGGCUCUUCAGAAGGAAAUUCUGACAGCGAGAUGGAGAGGAAGUAUGACACCUUUGAGCACAGACAGGUGAAAGCUGCCAGUGAAAACACACAUGCCUCAACUGGAGUCUCCCAGUGCACUAGACAUGAAGACAAUGAGCCACAGGAAGUAGAAGAAAUAACAAUGGCUAGCACUCCACACAAGACAGACAGAUGCAAACCCUCAGAAGAUUUUCUUGAUGGUUGCCUGUUGUUGAGCAAACACCUUUCAGAAAUAAGGACCACCAAUGACAAAUAUUUGAGACACAUCUUAAACACUGUCUGUCAAGAGUGGUUCCGAGUCUCAAGUAGGAAAUCUUCCAGUCCUGAGGUUGUUGCAGCGUAUCUCAAAGAAUUCAAAGCAAUUCAUCCCCAGCUACUGAAGAUGAUCAUAAACUUGGCGGAUGGAAAUGGAAACACAGCUCUUCAUUACAGUGUUUCUCAUUCAAACUUUCUGAUUGUGAAACUUCUACUAGAGACAGGUGUUUGUGAUGUGGACCAUCAAAAUAAAGCGGGGUACACAGCAGUGAUGAUCACACCCCUGGCAUCGGCAGAGAAUGAUGAAGACAUGGAGGUGGUCUUAAAGUUGUUGAAAGAAGGGAACGUAAACAUACGGGCAAGUCAGGGAGGCCAAACAGCCUUAAUGUUAGGUGUCAGCCAUGACAGGGGAGAUAUGGUGAGAGCCUUGUUGUCUUGCAAGGCUGACAUAAACCUGCAGGAUGAUAAUGGGACUUCUGCACUGAUGGUUGCCUGUCAUCAUGAUAACGCUGAGAUCGCGAAGCUUCUUCUGGCUCACCCUGGUUGUAACACUGCCUUAAAGGACAAGAGUGGUAGUUCUGCUCUGUCCAUCGCUCUGAAAUCUGCCCACAUGGAAAUUGCAGAGCUUCUCCAAGCCCACACAGAGCAGAGCCGGUCUUUGUCUAAAUAGAGGAAAAGGAAAAUAGCAUUUGUCGGAAUGGGGAAUGGAUAACAAAAGGUUCAUUCUUUUCAUAACUCUGCUUCCAAUUUAGAUGCCAAUGAUUGUAGCUGAUACCGCUGAUUUCUAUACUUACUGAGAACUAUGUUAACUAUUUGCAUACAUUCCUAAUAUAUACUUCUCCUCAUUAAUCUGCUUUUACAGUCUUACCCUAUGCAUAGUGCCAUAAAUUACUCAAAUGCUGUUUCAGAGAGUUAGAUUAUUGCAUUUCCUUUUAUUAACACACUUGGUCUUGAUCUUAAAACUGAAUUCUACUAUUAAUGCCUCACAGUAUAAUUUUGUCACGUCGGUGAACAAAACAAAAACAAAAGCACAUUAGAAAAGCAAUACUUACUUUUUUGUAAUUUUAGAUAUUAGUGUUCUUUUUAAACAACUAUUUAAAAUGUGUCUCAUUUAUAUUGCAAGUUUGCAUCUUACUGUUUAUUAUUACACCUUCUGUAUGCGCUAGCAGGGAAUGGUUACUCAAUAUAAUUGCAGUAAAUACAAAUCAGGUGGAUUCUAUAAAAAUAUCAAAUCCUAUUGAUGUGUUGUUAUGUGCUCAAAAGCAAUAAUUAAAAUUAAUGCUCUAGUAAUAUAUAUGAGUGUGCCAGAGUCAAAUAUACAGACAUUGUUUUUCUUGUAUUCAGAAUGACCAUAUGGCUCUCAUUUUUUCUAAUUAAAUUUGCAUUAACCAGGAACCAUGGCCCCGUGGCAUAUACUAUAUAUCGUUUAUAGGAUGCUGAGGUACAAUUGUGAUGUAUCAGGUUAUCCAAACACAGCACAGGAGACAAAUUACUUGAUAUAAUAACAUAAUAUUCUCUGCAAAGAUGGGUUAGUAUUGUCUGAAAGGUUACAU